AAUGUCUCCUCCUUUCCAGGACGGAAACUUGCGUUUCCACAGAAGCUGGAAAUUUGAAGGUGCCAAUAAGAUGUCCUCGAGGUGUACUGUUCCUAUUAACGACCUGCAGCCUUGGAUGCACUACAUGGCAAGCCUCGAAGGUUGCUCCGGUGAAAUCUGCAGCGCUGCGGUGAACACAACAUUCAUAACGCCACCCACAUACUUAUCAAGCCCCUCUGUGACCAGAGUUGAAGCCACGAGCAACAGCUCGUUCGAACUUGCGUGGGACUUCUCGCAACAUGACAACCGUCUCUACCACGGCUUCCGUGUGAAGUACUGUCCGAGUAACAUUGCAUCGUGCCCAGUGCUUGACACCACUGACAAAAAUCUGAUCGUGCACGGGCUCAAUCCUGGCACCACCGUCAACAUUUACGUGCGAGCGCAGUUUAGAAGUUCGGACGGAAGAUUACGGCUUGGGAAUGUUGCAGCGGCGUCUGUUACUACGUGGAAUGACAUCCCCGACCUAGAAGUCACCUACGAAACCAACGUUCAAGAUGAAGUUGGAACCUGUUUGCUACGCUGGGUGUGCGUCAACAGCAGCGUCGAUUACAUCCAGUACAGGACAUCGGACAGAGGAAACUGGACCACAUGCAGUGAUUCGGCUGACUGCGAUGUAACUGUUAACAAUGGGCGGACCGCCGCGUUGUCGAGUGGAUACCUACGGCUCACCCACCAAAAACCACAAGCCGACUUCAUUAUUUGGAUCCGCGGCUGUAAUGACCAUGGAUGCGGACGAGAGCGCACUUUGUCAGUGCGCUCGUACGAUGCAGGUCCACCUUCGCUCUCCACUGUCACUAUCUUACUAAGAGAACCUGACGCACUGCUUAGAUGGAAUGUGUCAUAUCCAAGUUCUUAUGAUGGCGUCGAAGUUACCUGGCUGUGUGAUGGCAACAAAAGCACCUUUGAUCGCACCAGAAUAAAUGACUUUCCCAAUUACGAGAUCUACAAGCAGGCACUUCUAAAAGGUAUUCCUGCCAACGCCGAACAGUGCAAGUUCGUUGUCUCAACGUACGACGACCGAAACGGAGAAACCUAUUACGGUCCACCGAUGGAUGCCACUCUCCAAUAACAAUGAGACGGCGAUGACAGCGAGGAGGCAGCCUUACGCACUGGCAGUCUACGUAAUUUGAGCUCUUGGAUCAUUAUUGGAAAUAAAUACGACUUCUUCAAUCUACCUGGCAUCUGUAAGCGA